ACUCCAGUUUCCACCCCCAUUUUACCCAACCACCUUGCUCAGAAUCCCUGGUUUUUUUCAUUUUUUCCAAAAUUUGUCUUUAAUAAAAAAGUGUUUACCUUUUGCCCCUCUGGUGCCCACUCUAUUUAUAUUCAAAUUCGGAGGCCCACCAGGAAGAAGAAGUAUAAGGAAGGCAGGAAUGAGAUAAAAUAGCGGCACAGACAACAAGGCGCAUGCGUAAUGCCCAUUGCCCCUGCAAACGGGAAAACCAAUUAGCCCAAAGCCGCCUUUGUUUCGAGAGGAACACUUGGUUUUUUCUCUUUUUUUUUCUAUUCUACUUUUCUUUCUUGCCAGUUUGGUACCUACUACUCGUUUUUUUGUUUUUUCCCUGCCUGUUUUCCUUUGCCAAAUCUAGCGGGAGCCCUAAUGUUCUUGUACUUGUUUGCCUCUUCGGGUCCUGAAAUCUAUGGUCCCUCCAAUUGAAGCCCUAAUUUAGUGGGAUACUAGUUUAGUACUCGUGUACCUUGCCCGUCUUGUUUUCCUACUAAUUUAGGUCUCACGCUACCCAAAUUUAUAGCUUAUGACCUCGAGGCUUUUCUGGGCUUGUUCCUGUAACGUGCGCUUUAUGCAAGCAAUCUGUUCAUUCAGUGUAGAAUGAAUGAAUGAAUGAACGCGUCUUAAUGAGGGAAUCAGGAAAUAGCGAUUCUUAGCCCUAAUAUGGUUUGGGUUUCGUGUAGCGGUAAUUUAUGGUGUUUUUGGAGCACAUCUAUAUGGUUUAUUUCCGAGGGAGGAUCAAAAUCAUUGCCUUGUUGUUAGCUUUUGGAAGAAAUUUGAAGAUUGGGGAGAAGGGUACACCGCCGACUUGAAGCUGGUUUAUCUCGGCCGACAUCAAUCAUGAGCUGAUAUAGGGAAAGGACUUUCUGGGAAGUUGAGGAAGGUUCAUGUUUAAUUGCUUGAGGGAGGUGCUAAUUUAUUGAAAACGAAUUUGAGUGCUUCAUAUGGAUUCUGGGGUGCAUGGGAAUGGUGAAGAGCAGCAGCAGCAGCAGGGGACCCAGUUGAGCAUGGGAUCAUUGGGCAUACAGGCUAUGGCUGGGGCUGCUGGAAUUGAGCCUCCUCCCGAGAACAAUAAUUUGGCGCUGAUGACGGGAACUUUUCAGUCUGUUGACGUCAAGGAGGAGGAACGAGAAGGCGAGCAUCAAAAAGAUCUGGUUUUGCAGCAGGAGCAGCAGCAAUUGGCGGUUGUGAAGAAGCCACCACCCAAGAGGUCUUCGACCAAGGACAGGCACACAAAAGUGGAAGGAAGAGGAAGGAGGAUACGAAUGCCCGCUGUCUGUGCAGCCAGGAUAUUUCAGUUGACAAGGGAGUUGGGCCACAAAUCCGAUGGGGAAACAAUCAAGUGGCUACUGGAGCAGGCAGAGCCUCAAAUCAUUGAAGCAACAGGCACUGGAACCGUUCCCGCUCUGCAAAUGUCUAUUGGCAACUCUGUAAGGUCCUCUGCUCCAUCAGCCAUGGCUGGUCCCACUAGUUCAAGGCAUCUUACCAUGGAACCAAGGGCGAAGUCUGAGUGGGACGAGAACGAGGACAAGAAUAAUGUGGUGGAUAGGACAAGAAAGUUUGAGACAAGCCCAGAUGUGUCAGGAGCAGUAGUUGGGCAAGAGGAUAAUACCAGACCUAAGAAAAAAGCUAGAGCAGUACAGACUGUUAAGAAAGAGCAGGACCCACUCAGCUCAUCUAUGCCAAUGAGUUCAGUCCCUAUAAGGUCUGUCCCAACAGCAAGACAAACCCCUUUGCAGGCCCCUCCUCAAACGCAGUUAUCAGCAACCGAGGUCAGUACGCCUCCACAAGUUCCCGGCUUAAUGCCCAUGUGGGCAGUAGCUCCAGACAGUGGGGCCUCCAUGCCUCGGGCAAUCUGGAUGCUUCCUGUUACAGCAACCUCAUCCUCGACUCCAGGCACUAUGGGUGGUGCUUCUUCGAAUCCACAGAUUUGGGCUUUUCAAUCUGGUUCAGGUGGUCCCAUGUAUGGCAUGACUUCUGCUUCAGGGGUUCCUUCUGGUCCUAGUAACCCCGCCUCUGUAGCCAAUCCUGGUGGUAUGCCUCUUACAUCAGUGUUGUCCAGUGGCAUGAUUAUGCCCAGAAUCAAUCUCUCCGGAGGAAUGGGACUGGAAUUUCCACAUGGACACCUGAGACAUAUGCCCUUGACAUCAAUGCUUUUGCAAGACACUUCACACCCUGGGCCUGGAUUUGGCCUGGGAAGCGAAGGUCCUUUUGGAGUGCUGACAUCAAUGAAUGCAUUUAAUAGAAAUAUGAAAUCAGAGCACCAAUUCAUGGGAACUACCCAGCACCAGCAGGGCGAGAGCGCUGAUGCUACCACAAAUUCUCAAUAGGAAUGAAAUUCAUUUUAUUUGCAAUUGCCAUUGAUAUAGGCAAUGCGCUUGCUAUGGCUGGUACCAUUAUUGGCACACUUUGAAGUUUCACACUUUGAAGUUUAAGAAGCUGCUAAUGAGGGUGAAACCAGUACACGACUGCUGGCUUAAUUAGGCUCAAAAGACCUGUUUGAGCUCAAUUUUUCUCGAACGUGUAUUAGACUACCUGCCACUUUUGUAUGUAGCUACACUGAUGAAUUUUUUCUUCAAUUCUGUAAGGACCAUGCUAUUUUAUUCUCAUGGCCAUCACUUUUUGGUGAAGUGACAUUCUUUGUCAUUUUCAUUCACAGAAGAAUAAUAUGCAUCUGUGAGAAGAAGCUCAGAUCAGCAAUUUCAUUGAGAGAAAUGCUUCAAUUUUUCUUA